AUGGGUUGUUUCUGUGCUGUCCCCGAGGAAUUUUAUUGUGAGGUUUUGCUUCUGGAUGAAUCCAAGUUGACCCUAACCACCCAACAGCAGGGGAUAAAGAAAUCAACUAAAGGGUCGGUUGUCCUGGGCUACGUAUUCCGUCACUUAAACCUCGUGGAGAUAGAUUACUUUGGACUGCGUUACUGUGACAGAAGUCAUCAGACAUACUGGCUGGAUCCUGCAAAGACCCUUGCAGAACAUAAGGAAUUGAUAAACACUGGGCCACCAUAUACUCUAUAUUUUGGUGUUAAAUUCUAUGCAGAAGAUCCAUGCAAACUUAAGGAAGAAAUAACCAGGUAUCAAUUUUUUUUGCAGGUGAAGCAAGAUGUUUUGCAAGGUCGCAUGCCCUGUCCCAUCAACAUUGCAGCUCAGCUGGGAGCAUAUGCAAUUCAGUCUGAGCUGGGAGACUAUGACCCAUAUAAGCACACUGCAGGUUAUGUGUCAGAAUACCGAUUUGUUCCAGACCAGAAGGAAGAACUGGAAGAUGCAAUAGAACGGAUACACAAAACUCUGAUGGGUCAGGUUCCUGCUGAGGCAGAGCUGAAUUACUUAGGAGUGGCCAAAUCACUGGAAAUGUAUGGAGUAGAUCUCCAUCCUGUCUAUGGUGAAAACAAGUCUGAAUAUUUUUUAGGAUUAACACCUGUAGGAGUUGUUGUUUACAAGAAUAAAAAACAAGUAGGGAAGUAUUUCUGGCCUAGAAUUACAAAGGUUCACUUCAAGGAAAUGCAGUUUGAACUUAGAGUGCUGGGAAAAGAUUGCAAUGAAACAUCCUUCUUUUUUGAAGCACGUAACAAAACCACAUGCAAACAUCUUUGGAAAUGCUGUGUAGAGCACCAUACGUUCUUCAGAAUGCCAGAAAAUGAGUCAAACUCUCUGUCAAGAAAAUUCAGCAAGUUUGGAUCCGUAGGCUAUAAACAUCGGCACAGUGGCAGGACAGCUUUGCAGAUGAGCAGAGAACUUUCUGUCCAGCUUCCUCGGCCUGACCAAAAUGUUGAAAGAAGUCGUAGUAAGACUUAUCCAAAAAGAAUGGCACAAACACAACAGACUGGAUCCAAAAGCAUAAAUCAGGUUACAUCAAAUAUGGAAAAUGGGGAAAAAGAAGGAACCACUAAAAUUAUUGCACCUUCCCCAGUAAAAAGCUUUAAAAAGGCAAAAAGUGAAAAUAGUCCAGAAACCCAAAGAAGUAAAAUAAGUGCACCAUGGGAGGAAAAUGGCCCCCAGAGUGGACUGUAUAAUUCUCCCAGUGACCGCAAUAAAUCACCAAAGUUUCCUUACUCUCGACGACGGAACCCAUCAGGUGGCAGUGAAAAUGAAUCUGGGCAACAAGUUAGAAGAAGGAAAGCCCAGAACAGUGGUGAAGAUUCAGAUCUGAAGCAAAGGAGAAGGUCACGAUCUCGUUGUAAUACCAGCAGUGGUAGUGAGUCAGAAAAUUCUAACCGGGAGCAUCGGAAGAAGAGAAACAGGUUACGGCAGGAGAAUGACAUGGUGGAUUCAGCUCCUCAGUGGGAAGCAGUACUGAGGCAACAAAAAGAGAAAAACCAGGCUGAUCCCAACUACAGGCGAUCCAGGCACAGAUCUCGAUCGAGAAGCCCAGAUGUACAAGCAAAGGAAGAGUUAUGGAAACAUAUUCAGAAGGAACUUGUGGAUCCAUCUGGGCUGUCUGAGGAGCAGCUGAAAGAGAUUCCGUACACCAAAAUAGAGACUCAAGGUGAUCCAAUCCGCAUUAGACAUUCACAUUCCCCCCGAAGCUACCGGCAGUACCGGCGGUCCCAGUGUUCUGAUGGCGAGAGAUCUGUUCUGUCUGAAGUGAAUGCAAAAACAGACCUUGUGCCUCCAUUGCCUGUGACUCGUUCCUCAGAUGCUCAGGGUCCCAGCAUUCCAGCUUCACAACAGAGGCGAAAUGGGUCCAAAGAUAGCCUGAUAGAAGAAAAAUCUCAGAUAUCCACUAACAGCCUGGAUGGAAAACACAGUGCAAAGACAAUAAAAACUGUACAUGCAUCACGCCUCAAGAUAGAGACUUGA